CAUAUACACUGAGAUAUACACUAUGAUGUUACACAAGCAGCAAGCCGUCAGGUUAGCGUGUCGCAGAACGAGAAGAGAGAAGGCUUGCCCUACGUACUACACUGCACUUUGAAUACAAGGAGAGAUGAGAUUACACUCGAGUGACUAUAAGAGAGGAGGGGGAUUCGCCGGUGCCGUUUUGAUGGUGGUAGGAAAGAAAGCAUCGCCCAUGAUAUUCAUGUUGUGGAGAACAGCCUUGAGCAAGGGACAGGUGGGAAGGAAAUCGAUGAACAAUAUAUGCGUUCCGUCUCGUACAGUUUUUGGUUUUUUUUUCCUCAUUCUUUCGCACUUUUAGGCCUGGUGCUUUGAUCAACUAGACUGUGCAGAGUAAUCUCGGGGAGCUUGU